UCGGAUAAUUCGUUUAUUCAUUUUUUUCUUCAAAACGAAAAAACGAAUAAACCGUUCAUUUAUCACAAUUCCACUCUACAGGUGAACAUAAAAAAAUCAUUUUAGAACUAUUUUCGGUUUGUUUCUGUCACAUUUUGUUUUAAUGCAUAAAAUGAAUUUACAAUAAAAUUAAAACGAAAUAAUGGACCUUUUUGGGACCUGAGCGCGUUUUCGCCCACCGGAAGUGACGGAGCCUAUCUUUCGACGCUGAUCGAUGAACCUGAACCAACCACCCGCCAGGCCUAAUUAGUAUCACACCUGAUCAAGAUGGAUAUGGAUAACUUCGUGCUUUUCCACGGAAGUAAACGCGUUACAUUGAGGGAAGAUGACAUGCGGGUGGAGAAAAUCUCGCGAAUAUUUCAGGUUUGUACAUGUUUUCGUGUCUAAUUUGUUAAACUAUCUUUAACUUAGCCCAUUUUGUGACUAGACAACUGUCGCUAGAUUGUCGAAGGUUACCUUGUCUGAUUAAGUAAAUUUAGUAAAUCAUCUUUAUAAAGUUUGCAUGAAUCGUAUGCAUGCUUUGAUAAGUUAGGACAAAUGUGUUUCUAAACCCUGUUUCUGGGCGACGACAGUAACGUUAGGCCUACCUCCUUGUAUCAUGACAUGUAUCACGACACAUCUCAUGUUCACAUUUUUUAUGUUUUAAAGUGAGCCAAUAUGCUACUGUGUUCGAUAUGGGAGACAAAAGAAGAACAAAGGCAAAAUACUCCCCAUGCAGUUCUCUCUUCCUUAAUGUCUUGUACCAAGCACACGUGCACAAAUAACCCACAACACCCAUAUAAAAUCACACAACAAACGCAUAGUACGAGUAUUUUUUACUUUGAAGUUAAUAUUAUUUUAAAACUGUGGUUUUUGAUCACCAACUGCAGAAAUUUGUGAUCCUCUAAUUACAAGAACAUGUCUGUGACAGUUUACCUUAUGUUCUUACUAUGUACUGUUUGGUUUUGUUUUGUAGGUCAUCACUGACAGUCUGUAUUUAACUGAUGAUAGAAAUGUGGCAAUUUUUCCAAAUGCUGAAGGGUCUUUCAGUUCAUUGGAUUUGACCUUUAGGGCCCACUAUGAGGUCCAUGGGGAUUCUUUGGAGACCUCUACAAACAGCCCAGCAACCUCUGCAUUUGCCUCAAUGCCAGGUCAGCGACGCUUCUCUUUCACAAGGCCAUCACAAUCUGCAUCUGCAACAACAGCCCAUGCAUGCCGAACCUGGACAAGAGCAAUAAAUGUUGCAGAGGUGCAAGAUGGGAAACCUGUCCCAAAAAGUGUUGUUAUGGUGCGGUUUUCGGAGUCUGAGGCCAACGUCCCAGGCAUUGUUCAGAAGCUUCAAGUGGACUUAAGGGCUACAGAACCUCCUGUUUUGCUGGAUGCUAAUUGGAACGAAAUAAUGGAUUCUGAGGGGACACGUGGUUCUCCAUAUUGGAGACAAAACUCCAGAAAAAUUAAUGCAAUGCUCAUUAGUCAGUUUGCCAAGCUUCAUCAUCGCCAAAAAAGGAUGAGGGAAGAAGAUUCUGGAUUAAGGGAUAUUUUGGAUAAGAUUGAGGAGGUUUUGGAGGCAUCGCAUGGUCUAGAGGGUGUUGCUGCUACACUUCGAGAGCUCACCACACUGGCCACAAGGGACAGAAACCAAGUCAACACACAGCAGGCAUUGCAUCUCAAACAGGCUUUUACCUGCCUUGUUUGUAGAGACAUCAUCAGUGAACCUGUGCUGUCUGAGUGUUGCCGGAGCCUUGUUGGCUGUAGAGGUUGCAUAGAACAGUGGGCAUCAACUUCAAACCAGUGCGUGAAGUGCAGGUCUGAGUUCUCUAUGAACAACAUCAUCAGGGUAGUUGGUCUGUCAGCUGUUUUAGAUGUUGUGAAAGAGCUUGAAAGUAGAAGUGUAUAAAUGCUUUAAUCUUUUUUCUCGAGUUUGUGAAAUUCAACUGGUUACAGGUUGUCAAAUUAUACACAGAAAAAUUGUUCCCUAGUAAUGUUUGUUUAACAUGUGUUAUGUAGUUUUGUUUCACAGUAAGACUAUGUUCAUGUUAAGUAUUUCAAGGUUGCAGGAUGCACACACGCAUUCCAAGGCAAACAACAAGACAAGUUUUGAUUAAGCUGUUUUAUUUGCCUGUCCUCAGUUAAAAAUUACAAUUGUAUUUAACCAUUUAAUAACUGUGAAAAUAAAAAAUUUACAAACGUUUACGAACUUGUUUUAUAACAGUUAUCAAACUAUAAUCUCUUAUAAAUCUUUACAAAGAAUGCAUGGGAGUACACAGACCUGCUUUAAUGAUUGGAAUAUCUGUGAGUAAUAUUGAUAAGGGACAUAACUGCUUCCUGGAAAACUCUGUAAUUGUUGUUAAUUACAUCGUUGUACAGAAUGGACAGGUCAG